CUUUUCUGACCUGUUUUAGUGAUAGUGAUCCUCUCUUUUUUUUCUUCUUUUUUUGUACGUUUUAGUGUAAUACUUGUAUAAAUUACGUGUGGUAAGCUAGCGAAGAAUUAAAAAAUGUUUAGUGUGUAAUAACCGUAUGAUGGAAUGGCGGAAGAGGACUUUGACAGGCAGUUGAUGUGCGAUGAACCUGAAGUGGUACAAAAAAUCAUCGACAUUUCAUCAAAAAUGUUGAUCGACGUGAGGAAUUUAUGUGAAACGCGAGCAGAACUCACACAGCAUGAGAUAAGGACCUUGGAGGGGAAACUCGUCAAGCUGUUUUCAGUGCAGCUGAAUAAUAGGCAAAAAAAUCCAGGCCGCUUUGAAUCGUCCAAAUUAAAAAAUACACCAUCCUUAAAGCAAUGGCUAGAAGUAGUGGGGCUCAGUACAUUAUCUGUUCAAAGGAUUUGUGAUAAUAUUAGCUGUAUAGAAGCUCUAUUAUUAAAAUCUGAAACUGAAUUAAAGUCAAUUCUUCCAGAAUAUUCUCUAAAAGAUGAAGAACUUAGACGGUUAACAAGAGCUUCGUAUAAUUUAAAAAAAUAUAGUGAAACUUUAAGAAUUGGUAACAGAACUCGAGAAAAAUGUAAAAUGACAUUGUACUGGGAUUCGUGGUACCGGCAGUAUGAAGUUCGUUGUGAACAAGCAGGGCAUUCUCCUUCUUCAGUUCAAGGUCAUUCUCCUUCAUCCUCUUGUCGUGUUAGAAAUUCUCAUAUAAAUCAUUACACUCCACCCUUGACUCCUACUCUAUUUAAUCACACCCAUAGGACCAGUGAUAGUCCUAUUUCUAAGCUGACGUCACCAAAAACUCGUAGAAAUAUAAAUCCAGAUGUAGUUUUUUCUGUAGUUACUACUCAAAGUCAUUCAGAUAAUAAUGUAGAUGGAAUUUAUCAAAAUGGAGUAGCAACACAUUGUUUACCAAAAGAACAUGUUGAUAGCUCAAUUUUUACGUCAUCAGUGAGCUCAAAUAGAGAUAACCAAUCUGCAGCCAAUGAAUUUAAUAUGUCACUAUCGCCAAAAAAUUCAGUUCCUGAUAUUUGUAUUAAAACUGGACAUAAAUUUUCAAAUUUGUUCCCUAUGAUUGGAUAUUGUGAACAAUGUUCUGCCCGAGUAUUUGUUGGUAUAAAAUGUAAAAUUUGCAAGUAUCGAUAUCAUAAAGGAUGUCUGUCUAAAGUUCCAUUACAUUGUACAAAAAGUGUUAUGACAGAUGACAAUGACCAAACAGCAUUUGAUGACCUUAUAAGCUCAUCAGUUAAUCAUUCGCCUAAUUUUCAUCGCCCUACCUCACACAAAACUUCUUCAUCAUUACUGUCAAGAAGAAAAACUCGCAUUCCGUCCAUCAACUCAAUACCAGUUUCUUCUAAGAGUGGUGGAGCUGAAUCUAGUUCUGCUCCAUCUAGUACAAAUAGUUCUACACCUUCGAGUCCAGCUCUAGUCAACACUAGACAAACGCAUGUUUCUUCAUUACUAACUCCAGCUAGAACUCAUGAACAAUUUCAGUUUCCUGAUACAUCUCAUUACCCACAAGAUUUACAGAAAAACCAGUGUAGGUAUACAGAAUCGAGAUGUGGUAGUUCAGAUUCAGAGCAUACAUCUGUAAGAAUGGAUUCGUCUGAAGCUCAAAAUUGGGACACGGAUGAAAUGGACACAAGAGGUUGGCCACGACAAAAUAGUCUGUCUCUUCAAGAAUGGGAUAUACCCUGGGAUGAAUUAAAUAUGUGUGACAAAUUGGGAGAAGGUCAUUUUGGUACUGUGUACAGUGGAAAUUGGCAUGGGCCUGUUGCAAUUAAAGUAAUAAAUAUGGAUUAUUUAGAUUACGAAAAAACAUUAGAAGCAUUCAAAGCAGAAGUGGCUACCUUUCGCAAAACACGCCAUGAAAAUUUGAUUUUGUUCAUGGGUGCCUGUAUGAAACUUCCCAGGUUAGCUAUUGUUACAAGUCUUGCAAAUGGUAUGACUUUAUACAGACAUAUACACAUUCUGAAAGACAAAUUUAAUAUGAGUCGUACUACAAUGGUUGCUCAACAAAUAUCACAGGGUAUGGGUUAUUUACAUGCAAAAGGCAUUAUACAUAAAGACUUAAGGAGUAAAAAUAUAUUUUUGGAAAAUGGAAAAGUCAUCAUUACAGAUUUUGGUUUGUUUAGUGUAACCAGAUUAUGCUUUCGAAAUCGAACUCAAGAUGGCUUAAUUGUUCCACCUGGUUGGUUAUGUUACUUGGCACCUGAAUUAGUGCGCAAUUUACGUGUUCAUCAAAGACCCGAAGAAGAAGAUUUACCAUUUAGUAAAGCUUCUGAUGUUUAUGCAUUUGGAACGGUUUGGUAUGAGCUGUUGUGUGGUGAGUGGCCAUUCAAAUCGGCUAGCCCAGAAGUAAUUAUUUGGAAUAUUGGACGUGGCAUGAAACAAAGAUUGGCUAAUUUAGAAGCAUCUGGUGACGUUAAAGAUAUAUUGAUGACAUGCUGGUCAUUUAAUCCAGAAAAAAGACCAGAUUUUUCUCAAAUGCUUAAAACUCUAGAACGGUUACCAAGAAAAAGGUUAGCUCGUAGCCCAUCCCAUCCAAUCCAUUUGUCAAGAUCAGCGGAAUCUAUUUUUUAAGAAAUAUUGUUUAACAGUAUUAAACAUAGCUAUACCAAUACAUUUACUUGCAUAUAAUAAGCUAGUAUAAUGAUCAUAAUUGUAAUACAAAAAACACUCAGCUCAGUUAUACAGGUAAACGUUGAAUGAAGUGCUUUUUAAUUAUUAAAUAUAAUAUAAAUGUAUUUUUCAUUAUUAUUUUUAUGAAUAUAAUAUUAUAUAAUAAUUAUAAAUAUUAUUAUUUGUGUAUUAUAAUUCACAUUGUUAUCUAUUUAUGAACUGUAUGA